GUUGUAAAUGUACAAUUAGAUACUAUGGCUAAUUUAAAAAUAAAUAUUGUCAUAGUAAUUUUAACUGGAGUCUCAAUUUCUAAAGGUGUAUGUUAUUUAUUUGAUUGGAAAAGAUUUGAUGCUUAUCUAGCAGAAUCAAAAAUUGAGUGGAGAACUUUUUGUAAUAAAAGUAAAUUUGAUAUAGAAUUUAAUACGAUGCAGAAUAAUUCCUACAGUGAACUCCGUACUUGUAUUGAGAAUGAAUCACGUUCUUCGUUAAUGGAUAUUUAUAACGAGACGAUAAUUAACACUGAGGAGGGACUAUGCUGUGAAGCAUUAGACUCAUUUCAAAGAUGUCUAAAUAAUUUUACCACAUCACUGGACUUUUGUAACGAUGGAAAAAAAAAUAAGGCUUUUGAAUUGAUGGAAAAAGUUGAACCUCUUGUAUGCAAGGAUAAAGGAAAAGCUCUAAGAGGCAUAUGGAAUGCAAAACAAUGUAUCAAAGAAAAAGCACAAAUUGAAGAAUGCAUUUGGCCAGAAUUGAUGCUACUGUUAAAACUUGUGUCCAUGAGCAACUUUUUGUAUCCAACUCGUGACUACUUUGAUCUCAACGAGUGCAGUCGACUAGAAAAAUUAGAAACAUGUGUCAUUGGUAAAUUAGAUCAAUGCUCAGAUGAAACAUCAUCAUAUUCACCGAGUAAAACAGCCAAAGAAAUAUUUGCAGUUAUAAAAAAUGUAACAAGCUGCGAACAUAAAGACUUUUAUGAUGUUUUUAAAAUUUAAUUUGAAUUUAAUUAUGAAAAAACCAGAGAGUCUAGAGUUUAAUUUAAAUGAUUAUUUUUUUGGCUUUUAAAUAUGUCUUCCUA